AUGUACACCCAGGAUCGCAAGGCAGGCAGCGGUGGCAAACCGUUAGCCAGACGAGGCGUGAAGGCUACCGGCCAAGCGCGAGGCGAAAAGCGUGCACUCAUUGAGAGAGAUGCUGCAUUCGCCGCUCAUCUCCUUCCCUCGACCCAUCUGCCCACAUCGAGAUCUCCUGCUGCAGAACUAGAUCCGCCGCCUUCGGUACUUGCAGAUGCUGUCCGACAACAGUCGUGA